AUGCACACUUCUAUUGUUAAACAACUUGGAGUGGCAGCCUCUCCUACCACAAUAACUCCUCAAUUAGUUGAUAGGUCACUUGAACACCUUGAUGGAAAAACAAAUAAUAUAUUAGUGAAAGUUUAUAGGUUUAUUUUUCCAGCAGAUUUUAUACUACUUGAUUUUGAAGCUGCCAAGGAUGUGCAUAUUAUAUUGGAUAGACCAUUCUUAGUUAAAGAGGAUGUUAUUAUUGAUGUUAAAACAGGUGAUUUGAGUAUGAGGGUCCAUGAGGAAAAUAUGGCAUUUAAGAUCUUGAAUGCCACGAAUUCUAUAGAUGAAGAUCUUGAUAGCUGUUCACCUAUAUCUAUGUUUCAUCAUUUGGUUGCUAACCAUGUGCUUUUAAAUAGUGAAAAUGAUAGCUAA